GACAGCACGCGGUCGACGGAUGACAUGACAGCGCUCCGUAGAUUCUCGUCUCACAGCUCCGCUUCACUUGCGAUGGCGUUACUGGUGGGAGCUGCCUUCGCAACGGCCGUGUCCCACGACACAUCGUCUUCGAGCAAUCGCGAGGUGGUGAUCGGCAGGGCCGAGCGCAUUCGCAGCGAGAGCCUGCGUCGCGCAUCGCCCCGCCUCCCACAAUUUCUCGUACUGGCACCGGACGACGACGACCAGCCGUACGCCCUGAAGAAGGUCCUGCCGGCUGUGCUGGUGGCCGUCGCCAAGACGAAGCUCGACGUCGUGGUGCACUACUACGACACGAAGUGCUCGUCCACCAAUGGCCCGCUGUCUGUGUUUGACUACUACAUCUCGGGACAGGUGGACGUCUUCUUUGGGCCCUCGUGCCCGUACGUGCUGGCCCCAGUGAUCAGAUACGCCUCCGAGUGGGGGCUGCCUUUGCUGACGGCCGCCGGCCAGAACGAACACUUCGACACCAAGUCCAUUUACUACCGGCUGCUCACUCGCAUGAACGGCUCCUUCUCCAGCCUCGGCCAGGUGUUCGUCGAGGUAAUGCGCCAGUUUGACUGGACCGUGGUUGCGCUACUAUUCCACCAGUACCGCGACAACUCCAAGGGCCACACCGACUGCUACUUCUCCCUCUCGUCGGUGUUCACCGCGCUGGGAAAAAACGCAACGCACCACUCGUUCGACGAGCACGAGGACUUCGGCGAUAUCCGCUCGAUGCUCGAAAAGAUCUCCCAGAAGGCGCGGAUUAUCUUGAUGUGUGCCUCACCGGACACGAUAAGGGAGAUCAUGCUUGCCGCUCUCGAGCUCAACAUGGUGGGCAGCGGAGAGUACGUCUUUUUCUCGGUGGAGCUGUUCAGCAGCCGCAACGACAGCCGCAAGCCCUGGUUCCGCAAGGGCGACCCCGAGGCGAAGAACGCUUUAGCCCAGAAGGCCUACGAGGCGCUGCUCACCGUCAUCGCAAGGACACCCGAGACGGAGGACUUCAUCAACUUCUCCCAGGAGGUAAAGAAACUGGCCCUGGAAAAGUUCAACUUCUCAUUUGGAAACGAAGAGGUAAACAACUUUGUUGCCGCCUUCCACGAGGCUGUCAUCCUCUACUCAAUUGCGUUGAACGAAACGCUUAGUGGAGGUGGGAGCAUAAUAAACGGCUCAGAGAUCACCCGCAGAAUGUGGAACCGGACGUUCACAGGCAUCACGGGAACUGUACGGAUCAAUGAGAACGGAGAUAGGGACGCCGACUACUCAAUACUGGAUAUGGAUCCGGUCACGAAGGAGUUCCAAGUAGUGGCCAACUAUUUCGGCGUGAACAAAAGCUUCAGCGAUGUUCCGGGCCGUACGAUCCACUGGCCUGGUGGCAAGCGAGUUCCUCCACCGGACACGCCACGGUGCGGCUUUGACGGCUCCAAGUGCCCUGACGAAGAGCUUCCCAAGUAUGCCAUCGUGAGUGGAGUCCUGAGUGGCUUGGUGGUCAUCCUGUGCAUCGUCUUCUUCUUCAUUUACAGGCACUUCAAGCUGGAAGCUGAGCUGGCAUCCAUGACAUGGAAAAUCCGGUGGGACGAGAUCUCCAGCUCUCCACCGGGCCACUUCAAGAAAUUCGGUUCUCGAAUGAGCCUGACGAGAGCCAGCCUCGCUAGCUCUAACUCUUCAGAAGCGAUCUUCUUCGGCGGCCGACGCCAAGUCUUUAUCGGCACUGGUUUCUACAAGGACCAAGUUGUUGCAAUAAGACCUUUCAACAAGAUGAAGCUGGAAAUCACACGAUCACUGCUAAUGGAGCUGAAAAACAUGAAGGAUCUGCAGCACGAUCAUAUCGUACGCUUUCUGGGAAUCUGCGAAGAACCUCCUCACUGCUGUCUGGUCACGGAAUACUGUCCGCGAGGAAGUUUGCAGGACAUUCUUGAAAACGACGAGAUCAAGCUCGACUGGAUGUUUCGAUAUUCGCUUAUGCACGACAUUGUAAAGGGCAUGGCGUACUUGCACAAUAGCGUCAUUCACAGCCACGGAAAUCUCAAGUCGUCAAACUGUGUGGUCGACAGCCGAUUCGUGUUGAAGAUCACCGACUUCGGACUCCACACCCUCCGUUCAUCCGAUUCGAACGAGAACCAUGACUCCUACGCCUACUGGAGACGCAUGCUGUGGACUGCACCUGAACUACAACGGCGUGGUGAACCACUGGCUGCUGGCACGCAAAAGGGAGAUGUCUACUCAUUUGCAAUCAUUGCGCACGAGAUCGUGCUCAGGCAGGGACCUUUCUACCUGGGUCCGUCGGUUCAACUCUGCCCUAAAGAAAUUGUGGCAAACGUGCAGUUGGGGCACAAAGUCCCGUUCCGUCCUCUCCUUGAAGACGACUGCUGCAGCGAGGAGCUGGCUCAGAUGAUCCGGAAGUGCUGGGCUGAAGACUCCGCCGAGCGGCCGGAUUUUCAUACGCUUAAGCCACUCAUUCGAAGGCUCAAUAAAGAGAGGCAAGGGGUAAACAUCCUGGACAACCUUCUAUCGAGAAUGGAACAGUACGCCAACAAUUUGGAGAAAUUAGUUGAAGAGCGCACAGCAAGCUAUCUCGAAGAAAAACGGAAAGCAGAAGACCUGUUAUAUCAGCUUUUACCUCGAUCUGUGGCUAGUCAACUCAUCAAAGGACAAUCUGUGACAGCAGAGUCGUACGAUAACGUGACAAUAUACUUCAGUGACAUCGUGGGUUUCACCUCCUUAUCAGCGCAGAGUACUCCAAUGCAAGUGGUCGAUCUUCUAAACGACCUUUACACUUGCUUCGACUCCAUCAUCGAAAACUAUGAUGUUUACAAGGUGGAGACCAUCGGAGACGCCUACAUGGUGGCCUCGGGCCUGCCCGUGCGCAACGGCAUGCUGCACGCGCGCGAGAUUGCGCGCAUGUCGCUCGCCCUGCUGCGAACCGUGCGCUCCUUCAGCAUCCGCCACCGGCCGCAGGAACAGCUUAAGCUGCGCAUCGGCAUUCACACAGGGCCUUGCGCUGCCGGAAUCGUGGGUCUGAAGAUGCCCAGGUACUGCCUCUUCGGAGACACGGUCAACACGGCAUCCCGGAUGGAAUCCAACGGCCUACCACUCAAGAUCCACGUCAGUCCAGCUACAAAGGAAGCCCUAGAAAGGUUCAAGACAUUCCGCUUGGAGUUACGAGGCGACGUGGAACUUAAGGGCAAAGGGACGAUGACCACUUACUGGCUUGUGGAAGAAAUCGAAGACGGCGUUGUCACGACGGCCACGGCGAUGGCGACGGCGGAGACCCCCGGCGAACACCCGAAAGAAACCAAAGUCUGACAUGACCGCCCGUAGGCGUUGUCAUAGGAUAACCCAUCUCCGUAGCUCACCGUUACCCACGUUCGGGUCUCGGACUAUGCACGAUAACGUCGGGGAACCACUAAGCAACGCGUAGACCAACUUGCGCUGCACAACACGACGUGGAAUGUGCACCUGACUCCCACGUGGAGACGAGAACUGCGAUGGCACGACCCACGGAACACGGCGGCAAUGCUCAUCCCACUGCCACAUCUAAGCAGCCACCACCGGGAAAUAGCCGCUUAUCUCAAGAACAAAAGAUGAACAAGAUACGAGGCCCGUGUGCGCGGAGCCCCGUCCUCACGGCAGACUCGCGGAGCUGGCCACCAUCAUCCGGGUGUUUCAGUGACUCGGCGCUCCGAGCUUCUAGCAAGGUUGCUUUGUGCAGUGUCAUCGCACGAAACAUUCGCGAGCCAGGCAGCUCGCAGUUCAGCAACAAGGGACGUAUCGAGCAAGGGACGUCGCCGAGAUGCGGUGGUGCACUGCGGGACGGUGGCAGAACCAUUUGUUCUAUCACUCAACAGCAUUUUCAAGAAGGUGCCGAGAAGUGUGUUUAGAGGGUGGCCUAGAGGUGGUAUCCAUUACCGCAUUGGUGCGACUUCAGAGUUAGAAAAAUUUGCACCCCUGCAUUCGUUAGCACAUAUAAUUCAGCAAGAGCAAUGGUGAAAGGAAUGAUUUUAUUGCUGCUUCCAGGUGCUAGUUGCCUAUGCUGUAAAAAUGCAUUGUCCGCUGUGAGCACUAACACAGCGGACAAUUUUAGUGCUAAUUUCCGCUAAGUUUGAUGAAAAUGCCGGUAACACUUGACACACCCAAGCUGUACUUUAUGGCACUGCACUCUAGCGAGAAAUCCUCUCGAGAGCGAUGUGCAGUCGAAUGAGCCGCAGUAGUUUAUCGCGUACUGACCAUUUUUAUCACGCUCUCGAGUGCUUACGCCGAAUAAUGUACGGUGGUUCACCUAGUCCUUCAAUUUCGCUUCAUUUUGGGCUCGUUCCUCGAAAAACGCAUUUGUUCCCUAAGGCGGGGAAAAAGGCAUGGAAACUACAUUGGAUAUCGUUCUUAUUAAAAAUGGAGCGCGAUUAUUUGGAAACGUAUAAAACUGCGACCACAGGUAUCGCAAGAAAUUUGUAAAUGACUGCGUAUAUUAGCUGUGUAAGAACUUAUUACACCAUUUAGAUGAAGGUGUGUUGCCGAAUCGACGCACCCAAAAAAGAAUUGGUGGUCGAUGUAUGUUAGACUUCACGUGGUGAGAGGGGUAGAGAGAUAUGAAAGACAAGGGAAGGUAAACAGACGAACAUUUCUGGUUUUCUGCACUGAACAGUGGAUUGGGAAAACAUCGAUGAGGAAGAAGGGAGUAGAGAGAAAGAAAGAAAUUGGAAAGUAUGUAGGUGUUCUGUGAGUUCGAUGGAUCACAAAACACAAAAUAAUACUUUCAAGGUCGUUUGAUGGUAUAUCCAGGAAUUGCGUUGUAGGAUUUUCUUUUGCGACAGUGGUCAUUCGUCAAACUUUUCUGAGUACAACGGUAAGUGUCCCUACGCACCAUACUGCGGACACUGACGCAUAAUAUGGCUGAUGGCUUCCUCUUCACCGCAACGGUAAGAGUCAUUAGUGUCACGGGAAAGAGUGUAGCUUUCCUGUGCAGGCCAGCAACACUCUUUCUGGUGUUCACGUAGGGGGUUCCUUUAUUGUUAACGAAAACUGGUUUGGAGUUAAUUCGAAUGACGGAACGUGUGCUUCCACAAAUCGUGUCUGGCGUCAAGCCAAACGCAUUCUUUUUUGCCACAGGUGCAAGCCAUUGUAGUAUAAUUGAAAAGAAAUUCUCUAAACUUUCGAUUUGUAAAGGAAAGAAAAACGAAUGAAAUUAUUUAUAUCUCUUGGAAUGUAUAGGCCUGAUGACAUUGGAGAAUGUAGAGUGGAAUGCGCUAUUGCACAUGUUAGUGCGGGCGCUUGAGUGGUGGCAUGAUACGGUUGGCUGAUUAUAUCCUGCUGCUAUGUAUAAUGCGCGCUGGUGACCCGCCACCACCCGACUAUAUUUUUGUACUAAAGGUGACACAUCCGCGAAUGUUCUAUGGCACCUGACUAAGUUACCGCAAGAAGCUGUGUAGGUGGUCGCUAGAAAAAAAAAUAGCAAACCUCUUCAGCGAAACGCUGCUGACGGCUUAAGUACUGUAAAUUUAUCGGUCCUAGGAGUCAUGCAUGUUGCGAUCUCCACUGUGAACAAACUUGAGCACAAAGUGAUAUUGAGCCCUUCUUUCAAUAGGAUGGUUUAAAAAGCACCUUUUAUGUCAUCCCCAAUGACAGUUCAUAGAUUUAUUAUUGUCAAACAAGUGGCUUAGGGAAGAGAAUCCUGUCUUUUGAAACCACAUUUAAUACUUUGUUGUGUUUAUUAAAUGUCCAUUAAAUUUGCAGCCGGCGUGCAUGAAUGUGUCACAGUGUAUGGGAGUGAUGCAAAUGUUUUCCCGAAACCUAAUUAGGCUUUAGGCUUGCAUGAAACUUUCAGAGUGUUACUAUGGACCUUUUUAUAAGGUAAAAUAAAAUAUGUCAUCACACUAAAAAUGCGAACGACCAAAAUGUUCUGCCGAAAUUAGUUAUAGCAGGGAAUUCUUACACGCGGUUCUAUAAGCUGACGAGACUUCAAUUCAGUCCUGGAAACUUUGGCUCACACCGUAUUUGCACGUAAAGAAGGCAGCCACGAAUAUAACGUAAGGGUGCACUUUCCGUCUCUCCGAAAAAUGAAAAAUAUGUGUUAUGAUUAUAGGUGUCACGAACAUGAAUAUGACGCGAGGCGCGUUCUCAGGCGGGAAAUUUCUAAAAACAGACUUGAUCCAAGGAUUUUAAACAAAAAAAGUGAUUAACCGCAGCUGGGUGAUACCAACGACAUACGGUUUGCCAUCAUGUGGCUCUCCUCAAUAUAUUAUUAUAACCAGCGUAAUUAGUUGAUUGAUAUCAAUUAUUCAACAUUCUUAAUAUUCACUUUAGGGCCAAGUGCGUUUGGUGACAUUGUUGAGGGGGUUGAGAAAUGACCGAUCCAAUUUUUUGUGGUAACGUACAGUCGCGGACAGAAUAAAAUGGACCACGGGAUCUCCGAAAACGUUCAAUUCCCGAGCAGCCUGUAGCAGUAACCAGUAAAACUGCCCACGACAACGUUGUUAGCAUAUUCUAGUCGAGGUCCAAAAUGCAAAUACCAGAUUGCGUUGUGAGGUUGCGGAGAUAUUCAGCUUUUUCUUAGAUUUCAUAGUCCGUAAUAUUCUGUCCGCGACUGUACAUGCUGCGUGGCGAUUUCCUGUUUUUUUUUUUCAGCGUUUAAUACAAAGCCCACGAAAUAUGAGAUAAAACCAGGUGAGUGCGCGCAUGAGCUAUCAUAUUGCAGCGCUCUUAACCGUGGUUCGAGCCUAUCGCUUAUCAGGGAUGACGGCGCACAUUUCCAUGCUUCACCGUCAAGCAUGCUGACGCACUGUUACGCCCAUGCCUGCAGCCGCGGCCGCUCACUUCGCCACGGUCUGCGCGCGCUGUUCUUUCGCUCGAAGCACGGUUGGGAGCGCUGCAAUACGAUAGCGCGUUAGCGCAGUCAAGGGGCGCUAUUUCAUAUUUCGCGGGCUUUUUUUAAACGCCGAAAAAUAUCAACACGCAGCGUGUAAGUUGCCGCCAAAAAAUUGGAUUGGUAGUUUCUGAAUCUCCUCUACAAACUAACGGAAUGCACUUGGCUCUAAAUUGAGUAUUAAAUAUUUUCCAUAAUUAUUCUAAAUAAGUAGUUAAGCGGAACAUAAUAUAUACUCUAGGGAGCGUCGCCUGACGGCAAACCAUAUACCAUUGGUUUCAUUCAGCUGCGGCUAACCCCCUUUUUAAAAUCCUUGAAUUAAGACACGUGAGUACUCUGGACUAAUGCGGACGUCUAUUCUUUUUCCCCGUAACCCGAGUGUUUUCUAAAAUUUGGCGGCACAAGUAAUUGUUAAGCACUUUAGUUUUCACGAUCGUGUCCGGGGUGUUUAAUUUGUUCAAAAUAAACGUGCAAAUCACUUCUUC